GCUCUCUGCUGGACUGGAGGAUCCACACUGCAGACUGGAGAAACUCAAUGUGGAACAUGGUGGAGAGAACAGAAUGAAACCUGGACUUAGAAAAUAUGUCUGUGAUCUCACACUGGACCCAAACACAGUAUUCAGACUCCUCUCUCUGUCUGAGGAGAACAGAAAGGUGACAUGUAGGAGAGAGGAGCAGCCGUAUCCUGAUCACCCAGAGAGAUUUGAGCACUGUGGAGAGGUGCUGUGUAGAGAGGGUCUGACUGGGCGCUGUUACUGGGAGGCAGAGUGGAAUGGGGGAGAGGUUGAUAUAGGAGUGGCAUAUAAAGGAAUCAGCAGGAGAGAAGGGGGUGAGGACUGUUGGCUUGGAUUCAAUGACAAGUCCUGGAGUGUGGUCUGCUCUGAAAACAGUUACAGAGCCAGGCACAAUAAGAAGUCCACCUUCAUAGACGUCCCCUCCUCCAGCUCCCACAGAGUAGGAGUGUAUCUGGACUGGUCAGCCGGCACUCUGUCCUUCUAUAGAGCCUCCUCUGACACACUGACCCACCUGAUCACAUUCACCUCCACAUUCACUGAGCCCCUCUAUCCAGGGUUUCAUCUUUGGGGUUGUGGUGCCUCAGCGUCCCUGUGUCAGGUGGUCCCUGUGUCAAACACAACAUGAUGUUUCACUCUAAUCAUGGUCAUGUUCAGUAAGACACACUGGAGCAGCAAUGUAGAAUAUCUCUCUAGUCAUGUUCAGUAAGACACACUGGAGCAACAAUGUAGAAUAUCUCUCUAAUCAUGUUCAGUAAGACACUGGAGCAACAAUGUAGAAUAUCUCUCUAGUCAUGUUCAAUAAGACACACUGGAGUAACAAUGUAGAAUAUCUCUCUAGUCAUGAGAUAUAAUAUUAUUAUUAUAUCUAAAUAUUCAUGACAAUACACCACCUAAGUUAAUAGUCAUUAAUAUAAUGAAUCACCACACUGUGUUGUUAAAACUGGUUUCAUUUACACAUCAUUGAUAUGGUUGUUAUUUGGCUUCUUGGGCGACCCUGCUGAUGUGAGUAACUACAGGUCCAUUAGUACACUACCUGUAGUGUCGAAGGUUGUUGAAAAGUGUGUAGCAG